CAUUAGAGGGCAGACAUGGCCUCUGGAGAUGCUGAGAUGGCCGUUUUUGGGGAGGCCGCUCCUUACCUCCGAAAAUCGGAAAAGGAGAGAAUUGCAGCCCAAAACAAACCUUUUGAUGCCAAGUCAUCUGUCUUUGUGGCUCAUCCCAAAGAAUCCUUUGUGAAAGGGACAAUCCAGAGCAGGGAAUCAGGCAAAGUCACUGUCAAGACUGAAGGGGGAGAGACCCUGACAGUGAAGGAAGACCAAGUCUUCUCCAUGAACCCUCCCAAGUAUGACAAGAUCGAGGACAUGGCCAUGAUGACCCACCUCCACGAACCCGCCGUGCUGUACAACCUCAAAGAGCGUUACGCAGCCUGGAUGAUCUACACCUACUCGGGUCUCUUCUGCGUCACUGUCAACCCCUACAAGUGGCUGCCGGUGUACAACCCCGAGGUGGUGUUGGCCUACCGAGGCAAGAAGCGCCAGGAGGCCCCUCCACACAUCUUCUCCAUCUCUGACAACGCCUAUCAGUCCAUGCUGACUGAUCGGGAGAACCAGUCCAUCCUGAUCACCGGAGAAUCCGGUGCUGGGAAGACUGUGAACACAAAGCGUGUCAUCCAGUACUUUGCAACAAUUGCAGCCAGUGGGGACAAGAAGAAGGAGGAACAUGCAUCAGGCAAAAUGCAGGGGACGCUUGAGGAUCAAAUCAUCAGCGCCAACCCACUGCUGGAGGCCUUUGGAAAUGCCAAGACCGUGAGGAACGACAACUCCUCACGCUUUGGUAAAUUCAUCAGAAUCCAUUUUGGUGCCACAGGCAAACUGGCUUCUGCUGACAUUGAAACAUAUCUGCUGGAGAAGUCCAGAGUCACUUUCCAGCUCAAGGCGGAAAGGAGCUACCACAUCUUUUACCAGAUCAUGUCCAACAAGAAGCCAGAGCUAAUUGACAUGCUUCUCAUCACCACCAACCCUUACGAUUUCCACUUUGUGAGUCAAGGUGAGAUCACAGUUCCCAGCAUUGAUGAUCAGGAGGAGCUGAUGGCCACAGAUAGUGCCAUUGACAUCCUGGGUUUCAGUGCUGAUGAGAAAACAGCCAUCUACAAGCUGACAGGGGCUGUCAUGCACUAUGGGAACCUGAAGUUCAAGCAGAAACAACGAGAGGAGCAGGCAGAGCCUGAUGGCACUGAAGUUGCUGACAAGGCUGCCUACCUGAUGGGGCUGAACUCAGCAGAUCUGCUCAAGGCCCUCUGCUACCCCCGCGUCAAGGUGGGGAAUGAAUACGUGACCAAGCCCAUGGGUAUUUUCUCCAUCCUGGAAGAGGAGUGCAUGUUCCCCAAGGCAACUGACACCUCUUUCAAGAACAAGCUCUAUGACCAGCACCUGGGCAAGUCCAACAACUUCCAGAAGCCCAAGCCUGCCAAAGGCAAGGCUGAGGCCCACUUCUCCCUGGUGCACUACGCUGGAACAGUGGACUACAACAUCACUGGCUGGCUGGAGAAGAACAAGGACCCUCUGAAUGAAACUGUCAUUGGGCUGUACCAGAAAUCAUCUGUGAAGACCCUGGCUUUACUCUUUGCCAACUAUGGUGGAGCAGAUGCAGAGGCUGGUGGUGGCAAGAAGGGAGGCAAGAAGAAGGGUUCUUCCUUCCAGACUGUCUCAGCUCUUUUUCGGGAGAACCUCAACAAGCUGAUGACCAAUCUGCGGAGCACUCACCCCCAUUUUGUGCGCUGUAUCAUCCCCAAUGAGACUAAAACACCUGGUGCCAUGGAGCACGAGCUGGUGCUGCACCAGCUGCGCUGUAACGGCGUGCUGGAAGGGAUCAGGAUUUGCAGGAAAGGGUUCCCCAGCAGAGUCCUCUAUGCUGACUUCAAACAGAGAUACAAGGUGCUUAAUGCCAGUGCCAUCCCCGAGGGACAGUUCAUUGACAGCAAGAAGGCUUCUGAGAAGCUCCUUGAGUUCCAGAAGAUGCGGCGGGACCUGGAAGAGGCCACGCUGCAGCACGAAGCCACGGCUGCCGCCCUGCGCAAGAAGCACGCGGACAGCACCGCUGAGCUGGGGGAGCAGAUCGACAACCUGCAACGUGUGAAGCAGAAGCUGGAGAAGGAGAAGAGUGAGCUGAAGAUGGAGAUUGAUGACUUGGCCAGUAACAUGGAAUCUGUCUCCAAAGCCAAGGCCACCCUGGAGAAGAUGUGCCGCACACUGGAAGAUCAGCUGAGUGAGCUUAAGACCAAGGAAGAAGAACAUCAGCGCAUGAUCAAUGACCUCAGUGCUCAAAGAGCUCGUCUGCAGACAGAGUCAGGUGAAUAUUCACGCCAGGUGGAAGAAAAAGAUGGCUUGAUAUCUCAGUUAUCCAGAAGCAAACAGGCAUUCACUCAACAGAUUGAGGAACUAAAGAGACAUUUAGAGGAAGAAAUAAAGGCUAAGAACGCCCUGGCCCACGCCCUGCAGUCUGCUCGCCAUGACUGUGACUUGCUCAGGGAACAAUAUGAGGAGGAGCAGGAGGCCAAGGGGGAGCUGCAGAGAGCCAUGUCCAAGGCCAACAGCGAGGUGGCUCAGUGGAGAACCAAAUACGAGACAGACGCCAUUCAGCGCACGGAGGAGCUUGAGGAGGCCAAGAAGAAGCUGGCCCAACGUCUGCAGGAUGCAGAGGAACAGGUUGAGGCUGUCAAUGCCAAAUGUGCCUCCCUGGAAAAGACAAAGCAGAGGCUGCAGAAUGAAGUGGAGGACCUGAUGAUUGAUGUGGAGAGAUCCAAUGCUGCCUGUGCUGCUCUGGAUAAGAAGCAGAAGAACUUUGACAAGUCUGAGGAAGACAGGAAGAAUGUCCUGAGGCUGCAGGAUCUGGUGGACAAGCUGCAAAUGAAAGUGAAAUCCUACAAGAGACAAUCUGAGGAAGCUGAGGAGCUGUCCAAUGUGAACCUCUCCAAGUUCCGCAAGAUCCAGCACGAGCUGGAGGAAGCCGAGGAGCGGGCUGACAUUGCAGAGUCACAGGUCAACAAGCUCCGAGCCAAGAGCCGAGAGUUCCAUAGGAGGAUAGAAGAGGAAGAAUGAGAAUGUCACAAGGCACAAAGUGUCCCGAGGACUGCACAAAAUGUGAACCUCUUGGUCACUUUCCUUCUGCCAUGAGUCUUUGUACCCACCUCAGUGUCUAGUGAAUAAAGACUGUAGUAGCUUCCUCUGCAUACAUGCUAUGAACAA